GUGAAGCAGGAGUUGAGCGCUAGCAGGCUAACUGGAGAAAGAAGGCUAACUUACCGUGAUAGUGGAAGUGGAACUGUCAAUACAGCUGCGGGAAAGCAAUUUUACCGACUUGCUCGCCCGACUUCACGCCAACAUAUACUGCUUUUUUUAGUGAGUUUCCCAAGACCGCGUUCUCUGAUGCUCGAGAACAUUUUGGAUACUACCACGGUUGUCCCAUUUCCAAACGGAAACCAUUUCUGGACUGCUAGCUUAGCCAAGUGAAUCAUCCAGGAGACUUUCUCAUUGUCGCCGCCAAAAAACAAUUCCAAAGCGAAUGUUUGGUCUGUCAUGAGUCCGGCCGGGUGCUCCCAUGUGAACGGGUACAAGGUGGAUAACUGGAAACAAAACCUCCGAGUCAUUUACCAAUGCUUUGUUUGGAGUGGCACUGCUGAGACCCGGAGACGCAAGGUGCUUCAGGGUGAUGCAGGAUGGACAGAGCUGGCCAAGUCGUGCAUUUGUCACAUGUGUGGUGCCCACCUGAACCGACUCCAUUCCUGCCUCUACUGCGUGUUUUUCGGCUGCUUUACCAAGAAACACAUCCACGAGCACGCAAAAAACAAAAGACACAAUCUAGCAAUAGACCUGUUGUACGGGGGAAUAUAUUGUUUUGUUUGUCAAGACUACAUUUACGACAAAGACAUGGAGCAGAUCGCCAAAGAAGAACAGAGAAAAGCCUGGAAAUUACAAGGUAUAGGGGAGAAAUACACGACGUGGGAGCCAACCAAGAGGGAGCUUGAGUUGCUACGACACAAUCCAAAGCGGAGGAAAAUCACUACGAACUGUACAAUUGGUUUACGAGGGUUAAUAAACCUGGGCAACACGUGUUUCAUGAACUGCAUUGUCCAGGCCCUCACACACACGCCGCUGCUGCGAGACUUCUUUCUCUCCGACAGGCACAAGUGUGAGAUGCAAUCAAACUCCUGUCUGGUGUGUGAGAUGUCGCAGCUCUUUCAGGAGUUUUACUCGGGACACCGAUCGCCUCACAUUCCCUUCCGGCUGCUGCACCUGGUCUGGACUCACGCCCGUCACCUCGCCGGCUACGAGCAGCAAGACGCCCACGAGUUCCUCAUCGCAGCGCUGGACGUUUUGCACAGACACUGCAAAGGAGACACCAUUAGAGACGACAACGGGAAGAAGGCAAACAAUCCAAACCACUGCAACUGCAUUAUUGACCAAAUCUUCACAGGGGGCCUGCAAUCCGACGUGACUUGUCAAGUCUGCCACGGUGUUUCCACGACGAUAGAUCCUUUCUGGGACAUCAGCCUUGACUUGCCAGGUUCGUCCACGCCCUUCUGGCCUCUCAGUCCUGGAGGAGACGGCGGCACGGUGAACGGGGAAAGUCACCUGUCGGGGUCCACGACGCUCACAGACUGUCUACGCAGGUUUACACGGCCUGAGCAUCUAGGAAGCAGUGCCAAAAUCAAGUGUGGUGGUUGCCAUAGUUACCAGGAGUCCACUAAACAGCUGACAAUGAAGAAGCUCCCCAUUGUAGCGUGUUUCCAUCUCAAGCGGUUCGAGCACUCCGCCAAACUGAGGCGGAAGAUUACGACGUACGUUUCCUUCCCCUUAGAGUUGGACAUGACCCCCUUCAUGGCUUCCAGUAAAGAGAGCAGAAUGAACGGGCAAUACCAGCAGGCGGUGGACGUGUUGAACAACGACAAUAAAUACGCCUUGUUUGCUGUGGUUAACCAUCAAGGCACGUUAGAAAGCGGUCACUACACCAGCUUCAUCCGCCAGCACAAGGACCAGUGGUUCAAAUGCGACGACGCCAUCAUCACCAAGGCCAGCAUUAAGGAUGUACUUGACAGUGAAGGGUAUCUCUUAUUCUACCAUAAACAAUUCCUGGAGUACGAAUAGACUCGUGAGGACAGUUGGAAAGACACAAACCUACCUGAGACUUGACCAGUCUGCGUGUGCGUCUCUGGAGCCACGUGUGUGUGAAACCAUGGAAAAGAGAAGAAGCACUGAGCCACUCGUGGGCAACUACUUGAUUCAACUGAUCCAGGGAGGUCGAUCUGAAGAAAGACCCCUCUGUCUACAGCUCCCCCUACUGCACGGAUGGAGAAUAGGCGCAAUAUCAACCGGGCACAUUUGAUUCAGUAUUUUGUUCUUAAUUCUCUCCCGUGGUGCUCUCGUCGAUGGAGACCAGCGUGUCAUACAUGUGCGUGACACACAGCAAAAAAAAAAAAAAAAUAGAAAAAGAAAAAAAAUUGAUGUAUUAUGGCAGGAAACCUUUGAAGGUAUUGAUCACUUUCUUAUCAUUUGGGUCUACGAGAGAGCGAAUGUGGAAGAGCUGGAAGAUGCUGCCUUUGCCACUGGCGCUGCCAUGGAAACAGAUUCGGACCCUCAUGUUUUAUUUUUUACUGUGUCGAUUGUUUUAUGUUGAAGUCCAGCUGAGGGCAGGGAAUAUCUAUUUUUUUAGCACCUAAUUGUUUUUUUUGGGUUUAUCGAUUAUUUGUCUUUUUUUAAGAAAAAAAAAUCUAUAUAUCUAUAUUAUCAGUGCAGUCGUUCGUCCCUCACUGUCCUGGUACUGGAACUGUCUUGUGGAGUUGUUCAAUGACGGUGCUGAUUAAAUGGCCUGGCCUUCGCUGUACAUGUGGAGCUUCGGUUGUCAUGUGGCAAUCUGACGGGGAAACGCUGGUCAAUUCAACAUCCCUGCAUGUAACUUUAGUCACUUUUUAAUAUGCAAACGCCCCUAGCAACCGGCGUAGAGACGAGGACGCUGAUCUGAGCUGUGCUCUUCACGAACCCUGGCAUUGCCACUACAGAUGGAAUAAUGUCUUCGCCAUGGCAACCGCUGGUGUCGUGCACGGCCCCCCUCUCUGCAGUGCAGUAAACGCAUCGCUUCAAUCCGUCAGAUAAUGCACAGAGAAGGCGUUUCCUUCUCCGAUUUUACCAAGAUGCCACAUACAAACCUUGUAGGCCCCCGGGUUGUAACUCAAACGUGCAUAUGUGUAACGGUUUGUUGAAGAUCCACAGUUGGAGAGCAACUAUGGGAUUCAGAAUCGGUGGAAGUUGAGACCACAGAAGGGCAUUCAGGGACGUGGCUGAAGUGAGGAAGAGAAGAGCCUCAUAUUCUGUCUCAGCAAUUAAACUCAGAACACAACUGGACUGUCUUUGCAUGGUCUUUUCUCUCCACUCUCAUGACAGGAAGUCUCUGGAUCCUGCAUUUUUUUCCUGUGACGGAGCUGUAGAAUACGAGGAAGUGUUAGGAGUGAAGUGAAAAGCGACUCUACCCGAAAUUCAAAACGCAUUGUCACGUACUGAUUUUCUUGGCCAACACUGACUCCUAAUGGCGGACUAUAGUAGUGCAUCAUAAACAUUUCUUCUCAGCCAGUCAAUAUCAUGCAAAUAUUGAUGAUUACGUUUAAGAAAGAUGAAAAUGUUUUUCAAAAUACACAAAACGGCAUUCACAACAAUUACAUUUAUUGAUAUUUAUAACAAAGAAUAGUGAUGAGGAGGAUUUAAUCCGAGUUACAAUAAAUAAACCUU